GGAUAUAGGAUUCUAAGUAGUUAUUAUUUGUCUUUUAUAGGAACUGAUCCCAAAUCAGUAGUAUGCGCGUUUUUUAAACAGGGACAAUGUACAAAAGGCGAGAAAUGCAAAUUUUCACACGAUUUAAGUAUAGAAAGGAAAGCGGAGAAACGGUCAUUGUAUUGUGAUAUGAGAGAUGAUGAUGACAAGGAAACUGAUACAAUGGAUAAAUGGGAUGAGGAUAAAUUAAAGGAAGUUGUAGAGAAAAAACAUGGAAGUGGCACUCGUCCAACUACAGAUAUUAUUUGUAAGCACUUUCUUGAAGCGGUUGAAAAAGCAAAGUAUGGCUGGUUUUGGGAAUGUCCAUCAGGACAAAAAUGUAUUUACAGACAUGCACUACCUCCUGGUUUUGUUCUUAAAAAGGAUAAGAAGAAAGAAGAUAAAAAAGAUGAAAUUUCAUUAGAAGAUUUAAUUGAGAAAGAACGAGCUAAUUUAGGUCCAAGUCAGGUAAAAAUACACGCAUUUCUUUAUGACCUAAUAUUUUUCUAUCAUUUUAUUCUUUAA